AUGUCGGAGAACGGUUCCCCCAACAACGUGCAGCAGAAGCCCGAGGACGGCGGCCAGAGCGAACACCUGAACAUCAAGGUCACGGACAACAACAACGAGGUCUUUUUCAAGAUCAAGCGCACCACGGCCCUCGGCAAGCUCAUGAACGCCUUCUGCGACCGCCAGGGCAAGAACAUUUCCAGCGUCCGAUUUCUCUUCGACGGCCAGCGUGUCACUGCCCAGGACAACCCAGAUACGCUUGACAUGCAGGAUGGCGACACCCUCGAGGUCCACCAGGAGCAGAUUGGCGGAUGCUGA